UUACCAAGGAAAGUGAUUUGCAAUCUGAGCUGUUUAUUGAAAGAAAAAUUAAGGCGGCCAAAUGUACCAAGAAAAAUGAGAUUUCAGAUGAUUUGUGGAGUCCCAGUAUUUGCAGCAGCAGACCCACAGAAAACAAAAGGAACAGGUUAAGGACAGAAUCUCAAAACGAGCCCCUGCAUUUAAUUAUUGUCCAUGAAUAUGUUCCCUUUUAAAGUUGCGCAAGCAUUUGGCAUUCCUACAUUAAAGGGUAGCAAAUUCCACAAUUGAACUAUGCGGUAUUGAUAUUGUGGUUGAUGUAAUCCUGAUAUUUAGAUAUCAUUUUUGUGUACUUAGUACAUUUUAUUUCUCUCUCUCUACAUUUAUGCCUUCAGUUUACUUUGCCUUUCAUUUGAACUUUAUUCUUUGAGAUCUGCUUCACAGGCACUUCUCCAGGUUCCUUCAGCUGCAUGAUGCUUGAAAAAAGGCGUUUUCAGUGGAGGGUUCCCUUAAACUGCAUGCUUUUCCAUAUAGAAUUGCGAUGAGUCUUCCCUAUUUUUAUUGGGUGAUCUUUUUAAGGGCUAUUUUCCCUGUCAACAGUGAUUUCAUUAGUACUUGAUUUUUUAAAUGGAUAUUUCUGACUUUGUUUAUUUGCUAUACAUUAUUUUAAAGUUUGUAUUGUAAUUUCAUCUUACUAAAGGCUCUUUUGGAAACCUUGUAGUAAGAAAGUCACGUAACAAUAUAAAUAGAUAUAGCCUAGAAUGUAUGAUGAUACAUGAAGCUGCACAUGAGAAUCUUUUUGUAAGUUUCAAGGAAGCCAAGAGGGAGAUUGUUGUUCUCAUUCUGACUGGAGACCUGUGAUAUGUGUAUGUGUGUGCGUGUGUCUCUGUGAAAAAGAAGAUGCUGGUAGGCCAUUUGAUACUUUCUCCUUUUUAGCUGACAUUCUGAAAUCCAAAUGUCUCUAUUUUAUCUCAAAUGUUCUUUUAAUUGAAUAUCAACAGUGUUGGAGGAGACCUGCAGGGUUCUAUUUCAUCACUGGUAUACUGUCUAACAAAGGCAAACCUUGCGUUUCGGGAUUCACGUUAACCUGAAGUCAGAGCAGAGUUGUAUUUCUUUUUUUGUGUAGUAGGGCACUGAGACCUUCCAAAGCACAAGGCAAGGGAAGGGUUCCCACAUUUUGAUUAAUCAUUCAGUCUAGCCUGGCAAGUGCCAUACCAUAUGUGACACCAGGAGAAGCAACUGUAGCUGUUUGCAAAUCCCCAGCCUUAAACACCAAGAAUAUUUGUCAUUAAGGUUUAAACUACAGAAUGAGUUGUGUUGGAGAGAAGAUGGUUAGGUGUCACGUUAAUAGGAUGGCCAUACUCUGUUAUGGAAUUGAUUUCUAAGAGACACAUUUGAGCUAUAAAUUCAUACAAAUUAAACACAUCCUUUCUGGAAGGGUGCCCAUAGUGUUAAUGACAAAUGAUGGAAACUAGAUACUUCUCCCUGCCAGCCUAUUUCCUUUUCAGCAGGGUGGCUUUUUAUGCAAACUUUUUGCUUCCUAUGAUUUGGUUUGACUUCCUUGGUGUGAUUGUUUUGGGAAGGAAGAAAGGAGUACUGUAAUACUGAAGCUUAGUUAUAACCCAAAAAUCAGGCCAAGUUAAUAAUGGAAUCUUUUUUUUUCUUUCAGGACCUUGGCCUACUGACUUCUCCUUAUGGCAUUUCUUCCCACCCAGGUAUAAGCCAAACAUUGUAUAAUACUGGAAAGGUACUCACCUAGUAAAUUAAGAGCAGCGCGGUACUUUACCAAGGCAAAAUGGACAUCAAAAAUAUUCUACUGUAGUUCAGUAGGUGGUAGAGGUAUCCUAUGACUAAUGGAAACUUUCUGCAGCAUUAGAUGAGACGCCUGAAGCCAAGGGUGUCACAAUGGUGGAAAGAAAUUUCCCCUUCUAAUGCAACCUAUUCAUGACUGAGGAGCUGGGAAUAGCUAGACAGGUGCUGCCUUGGUUUCAUCUUUCAACAUGACCAAUCCCCAGCCUCCUAUAGAAGGUGGAGUUUCAGAAGUGGAAAUAAUUUCACAACACAUAGAAGAAGAGACCAGAAGCGUAGCACCUGUACAGCUUGUAAAUUUUGCAUAUCGGGAUUUACCCCUGGCUGCGCUAGAUCUAUCUGUAGCAGGUUCCCAGCUCUUGUCAAAUUUGGAUGAGGAGUACCAAAGAGAAGGUUUCAAGUGCAUCACAAUUUGCUGGAGUUAUUCACUGGAUCAGUCUAGUUAUCCUAUCUAUCUUCUUUUCAGAGACUAUUUUGAGAAUAGUGGUACUUGGUAUAUGGGACUAUAUUGAAAACAAAAUAGAGGUAUUUGAUGGUGCUGUGAUCAUCUUAUCUUUGGCUCCUAUGGUGGCAUCUACAGUGGCUAAUGGACCAAGUAGUCCAUGGGAUGCUAUUAGUCUUAUUAUUACUCUGAGAAUUUGGAGAGUCAAGCGGAUUAUUGAUGCCUACGUACUGCCUGUGAAAGUGGAAAUGGAGAUGGUGAUUCAACAGUAUGAGAAAGCAAAGGUCAUUCAAGAUGAGCAGCUGGAAAGACUGACCCACAUCUGCCAAGAACAGGGGUUUGAAAUUAGACAGCUGAGGGCUCAUCUGGCGCAACAGGAUCUGGAUCUGGCAGCUGAGAGAGAGGCAGCUUUGCAGGUGCCUCACGUGCUGAAGAAGCAGACAGGCAACCGAUACAAAGUGGUGGCCGCCGGGGGCGAUUCUGAUGAUGAAACUACUGGGAAUAUCACAGAGUUGCGGCCAGCUCGGGAGACCGUGGUAAAAGACGACAUGAACAACUACAUCAGCCAGUACUACAGUGAGCCCAGCACUGACAGUGGUGUCCCCGAAGGAGCCUUCUGCGUCAUUACAACAGCAGCCAUUGAUGUGCACCAGCCUAAUGUCUCCUCCGAUCUCUUCAUGGUGGAAGUGCCGAUGAAGAUCAUGGAGAGCAACGGGAUUUCCACAAGCGUUGCAUCAGGCAGUGCCUCCAGGUCCACGGACAGCUCGGUCACCAGAGCCCAGAGUGACAGCAGUCAGACCUUUGGCUCCUCCACAGACUGCAGUACGACACGGGAGGAAUCUUCUGAGUAUUGCCCCUUGAAGCGGGCCUGUCAGGUAGCCCAAGGUGAUCAGGUCAGUUCCUCUUCACCCCAUUGCAGAGUCAAUAAUGCCGUUGUGCAGGAACUGUUGUCUUCCUUAUCAGAAGACUCCUGCUUAACCCAAAAAGGACUGGAUCCUGUUAACCUUAAACUGCCAAGCCCAGCAGGCUCUGCCACAGCCAGCCCUGAACUGGAGCAUCGAGUCAAUAUUUACAACAAAAAGAACCAAGAAAACUUUGGUGUAUUUCAGAAAAAGCCAGUAAUCCACUUCCAGCAAAAUACACAGAUGAUUGACAAGUAUACGUCUUUGGAAUCCAAAGAGCAAAAGUUCAGCAGCGUCCCAGACUCCUAGUCCUUUUGUUGAGAUGCGGUUAAGACAGAUAAACAGGAGGUCAUUUGCCAGGGGUGGGACACACUAAAGCUUUAAAAUGGGGUCCUCAGAACCAUUCCGGGAUGGAUAUGUUGUGUGGAUUCAAGAGCGGAGAAUUCAUUUUUCAAAAUGCAUGAGUUAUGAGAGCCAGCACGAAAAACUUGACAUUUCUGCCACCCGAAGUCUUCGGGUUUCUCCCUCAAGGAAGAGUUUGGGGGCAGGGGAGGUGAACACUCUGUUAAAACAAUGACCUCAAAGAUGUAUAGAUUCUUAAGUGUGUUUUUUUUAAGCCAAGCGUACACAAAUCCCACAAUUUUUAUUGAACUUUGGACAAUCUUCUAUCAGGUCAGGUUUCACCAGGGUACAGUACAAACUCACAUCUCUCCUCCUAACGAUUUCUUAUAAUUUCCCUUUGUAUGUGACCAAUUAUAAAUCCCUUUGUAUAAGUAUUGACAAUUAUUUUUGAUCUUCCUGGGGAGGAAAAAAAACCCCUGUUUUUCAAGGAGCACUUUGAAUGAUGCAGCUCAAAGAAUUUUAAAGUAAGUGUUCUCUUAUUUUUAGCAUGAACUUUGGGAAAGAAAUAUUUUGAAAAAAAUAAAAAUUGUUGCCUCCAGGAUAACAGAACAAAAAUGGGCAUUUUACA